AUGGUCAAGGUCGGAGAUUCUAUCCCAACUAUCGAGCUCGCUGAGGGCAACCCAGGCGCCAAGGUCAACAUUGCUGCCGAGAUUGGUGAAGGUUCCGGUAUCAUCAUCGGUGUUCCAGCUGCUUUCAGUCCAACAUGCUCUGACUCCCACGUUCCUGGUUUCAUUAUGCACCCAAAGCUUGAGUCUGCAGGAAAGGUCUUUGUAGUAUCUGUCAACGAUGCUUUCGUUAUGAACGCAUGGGGAAAAUCCCUCGACGCAGACAAGAAGAGUGGUAUUCGUUUCCUCGCCGAUCAAGAUGGUAGCUUCACCCGUUCUUGGGACCUCGAAUUCGAAGCUGCACCAUUGUUGGGCACAAACCGAAGCAAGAGAUACGCAAUCGUCAUUGAGGGUGGUAAAGUUAAGAGUGUAAACAUCGAGCCAGAUAACAUUGGACACACUGUUUCCGGCGCCGACAAGAUUCUUGGAGACCUAGAUGCCGUCAUUGUAAAGAUUACGGCUGAGGAGGAGGAGGAGGGAGAGGAAGACGAAGGAGAUAAGGCGACAGGGAAGUAG